AUGUAUGUGUGUAUGAUGAAUCCUCUCUUGUUACCUUUUAAAGGAGAUAAUAAAACUAGUAAAAAAAAAAUUGAUAUUAAAAUAAAAAGUAAAGAGGUAUAUAAAUUAGAUUUAGUACUCUUAAUUAAUAGGAAGAGGAAAUAUGAAAAUUAUAAUGUAUAUGUGUAUCAUAUAAUUAGUUUAGUUAAAAAAAAGAAAAAUAAAGUACAAGAAAGAUAUUUAUUAUCAUUACAGAAAAUGAAAGAAAAUAUCUUAAAAAAUAAAAGAAAAAUAAAAGAAUAUAAGAUAAGAAAAAAAAUAUAUAUUCCAACAAAUAAUAUUGUAAGGAAAUAUAUUGAUACAUAUAUAUAUAUUAUAAAAAGAUAUUACAAGAAUGAUGAUUAUGAAGUCUUAUUAACUUUGUUGAACCUUCAUCAUGCCUUAUACAUAUUUUUAUCACAUAUAUUAAGAUUUUAUAAUAAAAUGUUUCACAUUACGAAGAAGAAACAAGUUGAUAAAAAAGAAAAAAGAAAAAGAAGAAAAAAAAAAAAACAAGAAAAAAAAAGUUUAGCAUCUAAUAGCAAGGGUUAUAAAAAUGAUAAAUUAUUUCUAUGGAUAGAAAAUGACAUAUGUAAUAGUUAUUGUUAUGAUAAUAAUUUUGUGAUUAAUAAUUAUGGAGAUAUAAAAUUAAGAAAUAAUAUAUGUUUUGUGAUUCCUAAUAUUAUUAUUAUAAAAUUAAAUGAAUUAUUUCACCAUAUAAAUGUUAUUAAAUAUAAGUGUCUUUUUUUUUAUGAUAACAAAAAGUCUGAUUGGGAGAUAUUUAAUCAUAUGGAAAUGAACAAACAAUUAAAAAAUAAUAAUAAUAAUAAUAAAAAGGAAUAUUUAUUUUUAUUUUUAUAUUUAUAUUUAUAUUUAUAUAAAUUUGUGUAUAUUAAAGAUAUGCCUUUUUAUCUAUAUAAUAAAAAAAAAAAAAAAAAAAAUCCUAAUCUGAUCUUUAAUCAUCGUUUGUAUUUUUCUUUAUAUCGAAAGAAAUAUUGUCCUUAUAAAAAUACUUGUCUGAGUAAGAAAAAAAAAAAGAAAAAUAACAUAAAAAAUUAUAUUAGCAUAAACAAAAAAUACAACAGUAGUGAUGAUUUUAUAUUCUAUAAAAACUUUUAUGAUAAUAAUGAUUUGUUAUAUAAAAAUAAAAAGGAUACAAUGAAACAUUGUGAUUAUAUAAAUACAUUAGUUUCCCAGAGAAAAUUCCGGACCGUCCAAAAAAAAUUCAUAUCAAAAGGAUGUUAUAAUAAAAUAAUAAAAAUAAAGAGAAAAGACAUACUACACUCUUUCUUCGACGAUGUAUAUUUUUAUGUAUAUAAUAAAGAUAAAAAUAUAUUUAUUAGAAAUAUAUAUGAUAUACUGAAAUGUUUAUGUACAGAUCAUAUAUUUUUUUUUUAUCGAACCAUAAAAGCUCUAUUUCUUUAUAAUUAUAAAUAUUAUAAUAAUAUCUAUAAAAAAGAAAAUAUCUCAAAUAUAUUUUUAUUGAACAAAAGAAAUGAUAUGUUGCACAUGUAUGAUAUUAUAUAUAAUAUUAAUUAUUAUAGUUAUGGAGUUCAUAAAAAUACGUAUCCUUUUAUUAAUCUCUCUAAUAAAUAUUUCAUUUCUUUUUUGGAUGGACAAAGGAUAAUAAUUCCUUUACGAAAUGUAAAAGUAUUCUUACCACAAGAAAUUAUUAAUAAGCAUCUUUAUAUAUCAUCGAAUUUAUAUGAUAUACUACAUAAAAAUUUGACACCUACUACUAAAAGGAAUUUUUCUUUAGUAUACAAGAGUAAGGAUGGGAAUAAAAAAAGGAAGAAGAAAAGAAAAAAAAAUGAGCAACCUUUUGUAAAGAGAUAUAAUAAAUAUAAUGUAAAGGAGGGAUAUAAUAAUAUAUGUGAUGGUAAUAUGUGUGAUAAUUGUGUCGAUUCCAAUUUUGAUAAUUAUCAUCAUGAAGAUAUAUUUAUCAAUGGAUGUAAAACAAAAAAAAGAAAAAAAAAAACAAAUUAUAUAGGAUAUAGUUCAUGUGACGAAGAGGAAUGUUUUAUUUCCGAAGAAAAGAAAAGGAUGUCGAGGAUAUGUCCAUUUAUAAAUUAUAUGAAUGAUAAAAUUAUGAACUCAUAUUUAUCAGAAGCGGUGUUUGAACAGAAGACUCUUGAAAUGGAGCUAUCCAUUUUAAACAAAGGGGGAAAAAAAGGGAAAAAUAUUAUAAGAAAUGAAAAAGAAGAUGGUAUGGUAGUGUGUCCAGAGAUGAGUGAAGAGGAUAUAUUGCCCGAACAUCUUAUAAAUAAAAAUAAAAAUAAUAAUAAUAAUAAAAAUAAUAAAAAUAAUAAAAAUAACCAAAAUAACAAUAAUAAUAAUAAUGACAACAAUAAUAAUAACCAAAAUAACAUUAAUAAUGAUAGAUGGUUCGAUGAUGAGGCUUCAAACACCUCGUGCGAUAAACAAAUGAUUUGUAUGAAUAAAGAAAAGAAAGUGCUAAUAAAAAAAAAAAUGGAUGGAGUAUUAUGUGAUGAGUUGCCACAAGAAUGUAUAGAUAAUAUGUUAAGAAGUACAUGUAGUAUAAGUAUCCCUGGAUUAGUUGAAAAAGAAAAUAAAGAUGAUACUGGAGAGAAUAUGAUUACUAGGUCGAAUAUAUAUAAUGGGAAUAAAAUUAAUGAUAAAUCAUAUGAUGAAUACACAUCAUAUGAUAAUAAUUGUAAGGAUAAUUAUAUUAAUAUUUCUAAUAAUAAUGAGAAGUCGGUGGACGAGACAGCUGAUUGUGUUUCAUAUAAGGAUAAUAAUAAGAACAAUAAUGAUUAUAUUAAUAACAAUCCUUAUGAUGAUAGAAUGAACGAAGUAGAUGAUUUGUCCCCCAAAUGUAAUGAAUGUACUUUAAAUGAUUCUAAUAUAUUGGGUUAUGGAAAUUAUGAAUGUACUAAAAAAAAUACGCCCUUUGAUGAAGAAUGUUGUAAAGAGAAAAUGAAUGGUGGUGAUUUGGUGGAAGUAGAGGUUAUGGAAAGACAUAGUAAUAUAUUAAUUAACAGAGGAAUAAAAACAAAGAAAUGUGUUGAUUAUUCUUUAUAUAAUACAUAUGCGAAAUCAUCAUUUUUACAAUGUGCUGAACAAGCAGAUAAUCAUUUUAUAGGAAAUUAUUUAGAUAGAUAUAGUGAUGAGAAUUAUUACCAUUUAAGACAAAAAAUAAAAUUAUGUUUAUCAAGAACAUUUGCUAAUUUGAAGACAACUAGGGAAACUUGUGUUUUACAUUUUACAAAUUUGAUUUUUGAUUUAUAUAUAAGUAGAUUUAAUUCAAAAGAUGAAAUAAUUAAAAGUAUAAUUGAUGAUAUUGUAACAGAUGAAAAACAAUUUUCUGAUGUAAUGAUACAAUUAUUAAAAGAAUAUUAUCCAAAGAUAUAUAAUGAUUUUAUAUAUAAAGAACAAUUAAAAAAUAAAUAUAAAAUAUUAUAUGAAGAAUUAAAAGAUUCAUGUGAUUUAAUUUAUCAUUUUAUAGCAAUUAUCUGCUUAUUUAUUUCACAAAAAUAUUAUAAUUAUAGAUUGAUAUCUAUUGAUUUAAUAGCAAGAACAUAUUGUAAAAGUCAUUUAGAAGGAUUAAAAAAAGUAUAUUCAUAUGAUAAUAUAUUAAUAAAAGAUGCAUCUCCAGAUUAUUAUUCAGCUACACAAUAUUUAGAUACAACUUUCUCAUCAUACAGUGUAAACAAAAAUUUCGCUUUAGAAAUUGAAAUAUGUAUACUUAAAAAAUUAAAUUAUGAUUUAUCUAUACCAACACCAUAUAGCUUAUUAGAUAGUCUAUUAAAAGCUAAUGAAAAUCUUAAUUUCUUAAAAACAAGAAAUGAUUAUAAUUCAACAGAAGGGGAAAUCCUAUUAAGAAUUGCAAGUAUCGAUAACACUUUCUUAAAAUAUAAAUCUUCAACAUUGGCCAUGGCUAUUUAUGAAAUACUCAACUUUAAUAUAUGUAAAGACAAAAUGCAGAAAGAACUUUUUGUUUUUUCACAAAAUAAUACUUAUUAUGAUAUAACUACUAAUAUGGAUUAUACACCUCAAAAUGUCUUUACCAAAAAUGAACAGAUGGCUGAUAAACAAAAAAUCGAAAUUUAUUCUGAACAAAAAUACGACCACACAAAUGAUACAACUAUUAAUAAUAAUAAUAAUAAAUAUAAUGAUGGUCAUGGUGAUAAUAAUAAUAAAUAUAAUGAUGGUCAUGGUGAUAAUAAUAAUAAAUAUAAUGAUGGUCAUGGUGAUAAUAAUAAUAAAUAUAAUGAUGGUCAUGGUGAUGAUAACAAUGUUGAUAAGGGUACACACAAAAACAAACCAAUACAAUUACAAAAUAAAUACCAGUCCUCUAUUCCUUUAGAUAAUGAAAGAAAAGAAAAAGAAAAAAAAAACGAAUUAAAAUUAUUAAAAAGACAAGCAAGGAGUUUGGUUAUUGCUGAAGAAGAGGAUCGAUUUAUAACAGCAUCUAAAUAUAUUAAUGAAAAAAAUAAAAUGUUUAAAUUAAUAAAAAAUAUUAUAAUAUAUCUGUGUUCACUUAUGAAAAAAAAAAUACCCAAGUCUUAUUAUAAAUGUGACUAUGAUUUUAGUAAUAAACUAAAUUAUUAUAUAAAGCGUUUCCAAAAAGGAAAACAAGAUUAUAUGAAAAAAAUAAAUAACAACAAUAAUAAUGAUGCAAAUAAUAAUAAUAAUAAUAAUAAUGAAAAUAAUAAUGGAAAUAAUAAUAAUUCCAUUUUUAAAGAUGGAUGUAAGCAGGACACAUAUUAUAAUAAAAAAAAAAGAAAAUUUCAACAAUCUUAUUCAUCCACGUGCACAACGGACAUUAGAGAUAUUAAUCAAGAUAGUGCAAACACAAAAAAGGACACACAAAAAAUAGAAAAUAACAUAUAUGAUGAUAAUAAUAAAUUUAGUUAUCACAAAAAUAAGAAAAUAAAUACAUAUAAAGAAGAACAUUUACACAAGCAGGAAAAAAAUACAAAAGUUAUUCAACAGGUGACCGCAAAUAAAAUUAAUCAAAAUAUAGACAACUCAUUAAAAAAAAAUAAGAAAUUAUAUAAGAAACAAGAAAAAAAUGAAAAAGUAUUUUGUGAAACCAAGAAAAAAAUUAUUAAACGUUUCAAAAAAUAUAUGAAGAAAUUAAUAAAAACCAAAUAUGACGAUAUACCAAUACAAUAUUGUACAUCAUAUAUUUUACAAGGAAAACAAUUAAAGGUAUACCUAAGGAAAAAAGAUCAUCAUGAUAUUCAUAUGAAUAAUAAUAAUAAUAAUAAUAAUAAUCAAAAUAAUAAUAAUUGUUGUGGUAUCAUUAAAUUAGAAACCCACAAUAAAUCAAAAAAUAAUUAUAUCAUUGGAACGCGUACGAAAUCCACAGAUGAACAUCUUAUAUAUUAUUAUAAUUAUAUUAGCAAACUAAGAAACAGACUAAUUAAAGGCUUGAAAUAUUUCCUAUUUCGAAUUAAUAAAAUAAAAAAAAGAAAAGUCCGCCUACAUAUUAUGAACUUGAAUUAUUUAAUUAAUAAAAAAAAAAAAAAAAAAAAUAUCAAGAAAAAAAAAACUAUAAUCAAAAAUAUGUCUUUCUAUAAACAACUCAUAAAAGAAAUAAAGAUUUUAUUCUUGUGGAUUUAUAAAUUAACAAAUAUUGAAAUAAGACCACUCAUACAUUUUAAGGAUUUAAAACAUAUCACCAUUAUAAAAAAAUAUGAACAAAACUAUUCCCACUAUAUUAUGAGCAAGUUUAAUAAUUCACACAAUACACAAGAUCCAUCCUAUAGUAAAAAAAGUAAAAAUAAAAAUAAAAACAAAAAUAAUUACAAUAUGACAAAUAAUAAUAAUUAUGAGAACCCUACCAUUGUGAAAAAAUCUAAUAAAGAAGAAACAAAAAAAAAUAUAAAAAAAAAUGAACAUGUGAAAAAUAAGUACAGUGGAAAAAAUACUCAAAAAUGUUCACCAGCGAUUACUUUAAAUACAUCUAAAGAAAAUGUACAAAUUAAUAAGGAUAUAAAAAAUAUGAAAAAAAAAGGGAAAACCAAAAUGAAUCAAGAAUAUAUAGAGGAAGUAAUUAAAUGUAUUACAUGGGAUGAUAAAACAUUCUAUCCAUUUGUAAAACACAACUCUUUAAUGAGUACAAAUCAAAAGAGUUCUCAUAAGAAAGAGGGAGAAAAGAGUCAUUCGGCUUGUGAAUAUAAAGAUAAUAAGAACGAGUUAGGAUACCGGGAAAAUGAAAAAGAUGUGGGUCGUGAAAAUAAGGCAAUUUUUUUUGAACAGCAUAUGAGUAGAAGCAAUAAUAAAAACAUGGAUACAACACCUGGUGCAGAUGAGAAACAAAAUAAAAAAAUAAAUAUUAUAAACGAUAUGGAAAAUAAGAAAGGGAAAGAAAAUAAAAGUACAUAUGAAAGUAUCGAUGGAUAUACAUCACAAUAUGAAAACUUAUAUACAAAUAUACAGCCUAAUCAGUAUAACAACGAAUAUACAGAUCAAUAUAAUUAUCAACGUAAUUAUCAAUAUAAUGAAAAUUAUAAUAAUAACAAGUUUUCUAUAAAGAAAAAAGAAUACGAAACAUCCUUAGAAAAAAUGAAAAACACUUUAGACGAUACUCUUCCUAACAAUACUCCUGUUCUUUCACCAACCGAUUUACAAAAAAAUAUAGAUAAAAUAAAAAACACAGACUGGAUUACCAUAAAUGAUCCACAAGUAGAUGAAUGUGCUAAGGAAUUAAUGGAGUGUUUUUUAAAAUGGAAAAAUAAAAAUUAUAUUUCCAAAAAUUGGACUUUCAAUGAAUAUCCAAAUUGUAAAGAUUAUUAUUUUUCAUUAGUUUUUGGAGAUUUGAAAUCUUCUGAAACACUUAAAGGCAUAAUAGAAAUGAUACAUAUGAAAUAUAAUCAUUUGUUAAAUAUAUACAAAGAGAUAAAUAUACAAAAUGAUAUAUUAUAA